AUGGACGACGUGCUGAAAGGGCCGUAUUACGCUCGCAGUAGAAGAUACUUGAUACUGUACGGCCAGUGGCCCUAUCAGGAUCUGGGAAUCGUGAUUUUUUGUCAAAUCCUCAUGAUGCUCGGCACCUUGUCUUCUUUCGUCCCGCACUGCAUCAACGUUUACGAGGCGCUCGAUGAUUUCCAGUACGUCGUAAAGGGCACGCCGAGCCUGCUGUUCUACGUACAACUGUACGCCAAAAAUUUGUUUGGCUUCAUAAGCCGGCGAAAGAUAAAAAAAGUUCUGGACGGGAUACAGCGGGACUUUCGAGUACACGCCGCCGACGAGCUCGAAGUGCUCGACUCGUACUCCAGAACGGCCAGCAGGUUCAACUACUUCUACGCGGCGUGCAUGUUCGGCGUGGCUUGGUCGUUCAGCACCCUACCCCUGGUACUUCACCUCAUGGACGUGCUCGUACCCCUGAACGAGACGCGGUUGCAGCAAAAACCACGGCCCAUGACCUACCACAUCGGCGCACUCGACGACAACAUGCCGGUCAUCAUACUGCACAGCUACUUUGCCGAUGUACUCUCGAUGAUAUUGAUAGUCGGCCUCGACACGCUCUACCUCAGCUUGGCCUACCACGCCUGUGCCCUGUUUGUCAUCGUCGCAAAAAGGGCUCGCGGUGCCAUCGACCGCCGGGGAGAAGGUGUUGGCCCGUCGGACGGAAGAUCGGGGGAUCGGGACGCGCACUACCCCAACUGCGUGAAAACCGUCGUCGCGCACCAGUACGCCUUGGAAUUCGUGGGUACGAUCGAGCUGGCCUUUUCGUCCCUCAACCUGAUAAGCAUUGGCUGUUCUGUGGUGCCGUUGGCUUUCGUGGCUUUCACGGUCUUGGUGAGCAAGGACAGCCCCGACGAGAGGAUACGUUACUUUUUGUACGCUUUCGCCGAGGUCGUGCACCUGUUCUACUACAACUGGCCGGGGGAGAAAAUUCGGGAGCACAGCUUGCUCGUCUACAAAGUUUGUUACGAUGGCAAUUGGUACGAGGAGGAAUUUGGCCUCAAGUGCCAAAAAUUGAUCAAUCUCGUGAUGAUCAGGAGCCAGAGGCCGUGUAUCAUAACCGCGGGGAAGAUGUACGAGCUCGGGUUGAAGAAUUUUGCCGCUGUAGUUAAAGUGGCCAUGUCCUAUCUCACGGUUUUAUCAUCGAUAAUGUAA